AUGUAAAUUAGAUGUACCUAAGCUGAACACCGAAAUUUAUAAAUAAUAGGAGUUUGUUCUGAUCCAUAAUGCUAAUAAUAAAAACCAUAUUGUAAUUUCUGUUUACCUAUUCAUUCUCUACAUUUGAAUAAAUUGAUACCUCAAGAGUUGUUAAAUGAAUGGAUUUAAUCACGAAUGGUAUGUAUUAAAGAAGUUUAAGUGAUCAUUUCAUAAUUUGAUAAAGCUCUUGAAAGCGUUAAAAAGUUUUUUAAUCCUUAUCUCAAUAUUAAUUAAGAAUUUUUAACUGAAUUAGAUCUCACGAAAAUGAAUCAAUUAAUAAAAGGUUUAUGUUAAAUUGAAAAUUUUGAGCAAUUAUUACUUAAAUAAUUUAUCUCAUCGUCCAAUUAAAUUCAAUAAUUUGCAUAUUAAUUAAAAAAUUAAAUAUAAGGUAUUAACUAAAAUUUAUUAUAAAAUUCAAUUAUAGAACCAAAAAUACAAUCAUAAUCAUAAAAAUAACAUAAUUAAUAUUUAUAUUAAAGUGUAAAAAAUAUAAGGUUUAAACUUUUAAGAAGUAAUACAGUAUAACAAGAUGAAAGGUGUUAUGCAAUUGCUCUUAAUAACAAUGGGUCAUUUAUUUUAGUUGGUUGUAGAUAAAAAAUUAAAGUAUUUGAACAUGAAAAAGGAAAGUUAAAUCAAAUUUAACUAUUAAAUGAGCAUAAAAGGGAUAUUAGUACAUUAAAUUUUAUGAAAAAAACAAAUCAUUUUAUAUCUGGUAGUGGUGAUUAGAUCAUAAUUAUAUGGUAACCGAAUGAAAAUAAUUAAUGGACUUACUCAUAAAAAUUAGAUGGACAUUUAGAUUGGAUUUCCUGUUUAGUUUUGAAUUAAGAUGAUAAUCUUAUAAUAUCUGGUAGUGCUGAUAAAACAAUUAGAUUUUGGGAGAAACAGAAUUAAUUUCAGUUUCAAUAAGUAAUCACUGACCAUUUGAAUGAAGUAUUUUCAUUAAGUUUAAAUGAACAAGAGAAUAAACUUAUUUCUUGUUCAAAAGAUAAAUUAAUAUUUGUAAUAGAAAAGACUAGUUUUCAUAAAAAAUGGUGUAUUAUAUAAAAGAUUCAAAUAGAUUAAUAUGGCCUUCGAUUACAUUUCAUUAAUGAUUAAUAAUUUAUAUUCCAACCUUAUCUCCAAGAAAAAAUAUAAAUAUAUGAACUUGAUAUUAAUAUGAAUUUGUAUCUGAAAAAAUAAGAUUUUGCUGUAUCAUGUGGCUCAUGUGAUGAUAGUAGGUUCUUUCCAAUAUAAUAUAAUAAGCUAAAGUAGCUUAUAGUGAAUAAAAAUGGAAAAAGUAUUAAUUUAAUGAGAAUGAAAGAAAAUUAUGAAAUUAAAAUUGAGUAGUUAAUUGAAUUUGCAAGUUGUGACAAUUAUGGGUAAUUAAGCGAAGAUGGAAAUUAUCUUGUUACUUGGGAUAGUAGUUCAAGACAAAUUCAAAUACGUGUAUGCAAAGAAAAAUGA